UUCUGUCGUUUCGUUUUCUUUUCUUUCACCCGGAUUAAAAAAACAAACAACCAUGACAACUGGUGUCGGUCGUUCUGUCGGUUGUUUGUUUGGGGUAAUUUACCACUACAUUAAAUGUGAAAUGAGAAACCUGAAACAAUAAUAAUGAACAUUUUUUCGGUUACAAACCAAUAAAGUAAUCACCAAAUUCUAAAUAGAAUCGAUAGUUUGGUGGAAACCGAAAAGCUUUCUCGUGAUGAAUUGAAUGUUUUAAUCAUCAUUUUAUUAUCGAUAAUCAUUCGCGAAUGAUAACUGAAAAUGGAAUCCGAAAUCAUAAAAUCCGAAAUAAAUUCAACCGAUGAUGAUGAAGUUGAAUCAUUGUUUACGAAGAAAUUUGUUUCAAAUUUUGACAAAUCUGAUGCUGAUGCUGCUGCUCGGUUGAUUGAGCAAGAUAACAAUGAUAAUAUGGAUUUUGAUGAUUCUGAAUUCAAUUCUAAAAUCAAUCGAUUUAAUCCAAAUAAUAAUGAUCCAGAUGAUGUUUUAAUAUUAUCAACACCAAAUCUUAAACAAAGAAAAUUUCAAAAACAAAAUUUAUCCAAAAAUUCUGAAUAUCAAUCAGAUGAUAAUAAUAAUGAUGAAAGUAUUACUGUUUCAAAUGUUCGAUCCACAUCAUCAUCAUCGGAUAAACAUAAAGAUGAAAUUGAAGAUGCAAAACGUUAUUUUGAAAUUUAUUCAACACCAUCAUAUCGUUGGUCAAUGGAUAUGAUACCGAAUAAUUUGAUAAACAUUUCGAAUAAAAAUCAAUCGGUUGGCGAAUCGCCAAAACCUCCAUUAAUCAAACAAAUCGAUUCAACGAACAAAAGACGAUCGAAUCUGAAAUUAACUAAACAACGUACAACUGUAUCGAUGGAAGAUGAACAUCAUUAUUAUUUAUCAUCAUCAUCGAUGAUGAAAAAAAAUGAUUCUUAUGAAACAGGCAAUGGUGAUGAUGAUGAUGCUAUUUCAAUUUUUCAAAAUAUUGAAAGAUCAUCCAUUCCUGUAAUUGUUAAUAGUGGUUGUGAUGAUAGUAGUAGUCGACGAAAUGAUAAAUCAAAAGAUUUUAUACAAAAUGCAACAUGGAUAACGGAAAGAAUGCGUCAUCUAGUCAAAGCAUUUAAUGAUCGUGGUGAUUUUGUUCGUCGUACAUUCGAAGAAAUGAAUGCUAAAAAUGAACUAACAAAAUCGGAUGAUGAUGAUGAUUCGGAUAGUUUGAAUGAUGAAACGAAUGAUGAUAGAAAAUUAUCUGCAGCUUUAUUCGAAUCAAUGUUUGGUGAUGAAUGGAAAAAUAAUGAUAAUGAUGAAUUGAAAAUUGAUAAAAAUUUUUGGCAACGUUUAAAAUAUUCAACGGUUUAUGAACCACAAAGUUUUAUCUACAUUAUUUGGUUAUUGAUUGUUUCGUUUACAUUUUUCUAUAAUGCUCUGAUGAUUCCAUAUAAUUUAGUAUUCCCAGAUAAUCCUAAUGAACAAUGGCGAUCAAUAAUUGUAAAAAUUUUAGCCGAUUUAAUCUAUUUAAUCGAUUGUUGUUGGUUUAAACCAAGAUUGAAAUUUCUUGAAAAUGGUAAUUGGAUCGAUGAAAUUGGCCGUACUCAUCGAAAUUAUUUUCAUUCCAAAAGAUUCGGAUUGAUUGAUUUUCCAUCACUGAUACCAAUCGAUUGGAUUACGAUAUUAGUUUCAUGGAAUUCUGGUGGCAAUACAAGUCUUAUAAUGCGAUUGAAUCGUCUGAUUCGUAUUAUUGAUUUUUGGGAAUUUUUUGAACGUAUUGAUAAAGCAACAAGAAAUCCAUAUCUUUUUCGUAUAAUUCAUACAUUAAUCUAUGAAUUAUAUAUUAUACAUUUGGGUGCAUGUCUUUAUUAUCGUGUUUCCGAAUGGAUUGGUUUUGGCCGUACGCCUUGGACUUAUAAUAAUAAAGGAAAUCCAUAUCUUCGAUGUUUUUAUUUUGCCUUCCGUACAACAACAUCGAUCGGUGGUCGACUUCCAAAACCGACAACCGAAUUCGAAAGAAUUUAUAUGCUAAUUGCAUGGUUGCUUGGUGUAUUUGUAUUUGCAAUGGUUAUCGGUCAGAUUCGUGAUAUUGUUGCACAUGCAUCACGUAAUCAAAAUUAUUAUAUUGAUGCAUUGAAUAAAAUUGCUGCACAUAUGACAAGAUUAUCCGUACCAAACAAACUACAAAAACGUGUACGAUUUUGGUAUAAAUUUACCUGGGAUUUACAGAAAACAUUAAAUGAAACAGAAAUUAUACGUGUAUUACCAUUGAAAAUGCGUACAGAUCUGACAUUAUGUAUUCAUUCACAUACAUUAAGUCGUGUUGAUUUAUUUAAAAAUAUUAAUCGUAGUGUAUUAAGAGAUUUAGUAUUGAAAUUACAGCCAAUUUUAUUUCUUCCAGGUGAUUAUAUUUGUCGGAAAGGUGAUGUUGGUCAUGAAAUGUAUAUUGUUAAUAAAGGUACUAUACAAGUAUUUGAUCCAGAAACUAGAAAAUUAUUGGUAACACUUGGUGAAGGUUCGGUAUUCGGUGAAAUUGCCAUACUUAAUCUACAUGGUCAAACAAAACGUACAGCUGAUGUUCGUUCAUGUGGUUAUUCACAAUUGUUUGCAUUGAAAAAACAAGAUCUUUGGGAAACAUUACGUUAUUAUCCGGAAUAUGAAAAUGUUUUAAAACGUAAAGUACAAAGAAUUUUACGUCGAAAACAACAACAAAAAUCAUCAUCCAAAACAUUGAAUAUUGAUAAUCAACCAGAAAAACUGUCCGAAAUAGCCGAUAUUCAAGUUGUUGAACAAAUUUCUGUUGAACCAAUUGUAAAAGAACGUCCAAAAACACCGAAACUUUUCGAAACUGUACUGAAAGCAAUUAAUCCUGAAUCAACCAUAAAUCAAUAUUUUAUUCGAAGUGAACAACGAAAUAAAUAUCGUUCAAAUUCAUUACAAGCACCAACACCUGAAUUAGGAUGGAUCGAUCCUGAUGUUUAUUAUCGACAAACAAGUUUAGAUAUAUAAAAAAAAUUACAAAAAUUAUGUU